AUGACUAGACGCAGUCGCAGCUUCUCUAGCGUUUGGGCUGCCGAGGACGUGGCUCCUCUACUUCCCGUAUCAGGGCCCGCGGAAGGUGAAAAGCUCGAUGACUCCAGCAACGGGCGCUCGAAGUUCCUGGUCAGCCGUUUGUGGACAGGGACCAACCCCAGCCGCAGACGUGUGCCCAUCAAAAGACUUGUUCUCGUUCUGAGCGGCUUGCUAGCCAUCGCAUUGCUGGUGACUUCCAGCGCUCUGGGUGGAUCAGAGGAAUUUGAACUGGAUGCAGAGCCCGCCAUGUACAACAAAGCGGGUCUGGCGGAGGCAGCAGCGUGGAGGGCAUCCAUGUCCAGCCUCGAGCAGCCUGCAGCGGCCGUCCAGCGUCUCGACUGGGAGGCAAGCUUCGACAGAGCACAUCAGAGCUGCUUGAGUCGCUGGGUAGCUAAUGGCGAGCUCUGCGCCGGAUUGGAUCUGUCCAGUUUCGGACGCAUCGACGGUAUCUGGACCUGGGUGAAUGGAUCCGAUACGCGGCAUGUACUACAACGCAACGCUACUGUCGCUGAGCUGAUGCGCGACGAGUCUUGGGCAGCAGCUAACAAGCCUAUCUUGGAAUCCAUCAAUGACAACGGUCGCUUCCGAGAACACAAUGAGCUGCUCUACUCGAUACGCUCCGCAUUCAAACACCUUGGCACUGGUAUUGGUAAGGUGCACCUCCUUACAACAGACUUUCUGCUCACACCAGAAGCCAUGAAGACAGUCGAGGUGCAAACGCAGACCAAGACCUCAUCAGGAACCUCAAAUCGACUAUUGAAAACGGCUUCGACUGCGCUCGACAUGUGGAGAGGGCUUCGAUCGCAAGCCCACCCAUCGGAAGUUUCUCGCGCCCUAAUCACCUCGAAUCGCGACGAACAAGUCUCCGAUGUAUUCUUCGACGAGUUUUUGAGGGCCCGCGAUGGGCAAGUCCCGCAGUGGCUCAACCUCUCUCAUGCCACUGUUGCGAGCGGCAAUCAGGUGUUCAGCACCUCUUCCGAAGAGCAACUCAAGCGCUUCAGGGUGCACCAUCACUGGUCGAGCUUGUGCCAAACACGAGCCGAGCUCAGCAGCACCAUUCGACGUGACCCUUCUACGCGCGGUGAACUGGACAUUGCGCUUGCUGACGAUCGCACCAGCAUCAGCACCGAUCAAAUUGAGCAGUACGCAUGCAGAGUCAAGCGUUUGCAGACGUACAAUUCCAACGUCAUUGACUCCAUGCUUGGUGAUCAGCCGGGUCUCUCUGACACCUUCUUCUACUCUAAUGACGACACAUUCUUUGGCAACGACAUGAGCAUAGGGGAUCUUGCCACCCCACUGUAUGGCCCGAUCUUCCGUUUCGAGACCGAGACAGUCGCGCCCAAUUUCGACGCACCCAAUCAAGGUGGGGAGUGGGCCAGCCUGCACUACUCUAGUGCGCUCAUAAGUGAGCGCUUUGGCUAUCGCGGGAGAUGGUACCAGGCACAUCAACACAAGGUCUUCGUGGGCCCAGUGUUCAGAGAGGCCAAGGUGACUUGGCGAAGACAACUCCAGGACAGCCAGCUCAGCAAAUUCAGAGCCAAGAAAGAUCUCAACGCUGCAUUCAUCAACUCGCAAUACCACAUCGAGCGCCACAGAGAGGCCCUCCUCUGGGCCUAUUUGGUGGCACGCAUGGAUACGGACGGUGACGGGUUCUACUCGCCAUCGGAAUGGCAGGCCCUGCUUGAAGAGCUGGGCGCAAGCGCUCACACAGAAGCCAAAGUUACUUACCCUAAAAGGACCACCUUGCAAUCCACGACGGGCGAAGACACCUACUCUCGGAAUCUGUUCACUACUGGCCUAAAUGGAGCUAAGGCUGCGUCGAUCGCUUUUACCAGCGCGGACGGCUACCCUAUGGUUGGCUUUGAGCAGCGCAACAAUGUGAAGACGCCAUUGCCCGAGUACGAUCCCAGUCGCUGGCAGAAGAGCAAGUCAAUGGUAGCGUGUCGUAUCGCCCCCAUUUGCUUUGCGCCCUUCGUUGAGCGCGCCAAAAACGAGAGUAUCAACGUCAACGACGUGUUCAAGCGCCUCGCCUUCGAGCAUUGGGGAUGUGGUGAUUGCAUUUUGCUCAGUCGUUUGCAACAAUCCGGCGAAUCUGGCCUCAGCGGGUUCUUGCCAUCCGAUAGCGCAACGAUGCCCGGAGACGUGAACGCGCUAGCCGGGUCAGCUGGUGUCGCACCUCACUUGCCGCUGGUGGACAACUUUCACCACGCAAGCUUUCUGCUGAAGGAUGUGACUGCCGCCACAAGAUGGGCGGGCAGGAGCAGGAGGGAUUUUGCGACUCGCCUGAUCGCACGGUACAACUAUGCUAUCACCGUGUCCGACGGUCCCAUCGCCAUCCAGGCAUUGAGCGACGCGAACAGCACGGACCACAGCCUUGCGCAGAUCGAUGCAAAGAAUCCUUCGUUGUUUUGCCUCAACGACAACAUCCACCACGAUGAAGCAUACAUUGCAGACAAGCUGGGCAAAUGGUUCAGCGAAAAGUAUCCUGAAGCGCUCCAAUUUGAGCGCGGCUCUUCUGCCUAG